AAAAUUUUAAACAAUAAAAAAAUGAAAACUAAAUAACUCCCUUUUCCUCUUCGUCGAUCUCUAUUCUUCGCCAAAAUAAAAACUUCCUUCAGUAAAAAAUCGAUCGAGAGAGACAGAGAGAUGGGUUGUGUUUCUUCGAAACUAGGCAAGAAGAAACUGAUAAGAGAGAUUCGGGUCAACAAUGGCGGCGAUCACAUUGUCUCCCUCACUUCCACUACUUACGGUCAUCUCGAUCUCGAAAAACGAGCAGAGACUUCUCCUACGUUACAGGAACUCACUAAAGGCGAUGUCUUUGAAUCGGAAAUCAAACCCCGGAGAUCUAUUACACAGAGAGAUGAUCCGGAGAUAAUCAAUACAUGGGAGCUUAUGGAGGAUCUCGAAGAUUCAAUGCAUCCACAGAGGAUUAGCCCCAAAAGUCGUGGCAUUUUCGGGAAAUCAUGGAAGACUCCGGUGAAAUCGAUAGUGGAAUCUCCGAAGAGGAAUAGUAGUAAGAGGUUUGUGGGAAAAGAAAACAGAGGAGGGAAUAACUCGAGAGGUGUGAGUCCGAAUCAGAUUCUCAAGCCGAGGAACAUUCUCGAAACUCCUAAAAGAGGAGUAAUGCGUUUGAGUUUCCCUCUCAAAUCCGAAGAACCUUCGGUGCAGAGGAGGAAGAGUUUCAGUCCAAUGUUCGAUCCAAAUCUCGUGGCUUCUUACGAGAGAGAGUUGUCUCAGGAGCAAGAGCAGAUCAAGAUGGUGAUUUCUCCGGUGGUCCGGGAGACCAGAAAAACCGAGAAAACUAUAGAAUCGGAGAGAAUCCUCAAGAGUUUCCCGGAGAAAUGUCCACCGGGAGGAGAGAACUCAGUGGUUAUAUACAUAACAUCGCUGAGAGGGAUAAGGAAGACGUUUGAGGAUUGCAAUGCGGUGAGAUCGAUAUUAGACUCGCACGAAGUCCGAUUCUCGGAGCGAGAUGUGUCGAUGCACUCGGUUUACAAGGAAGAGAUCAGGGGUAUUAUGGGAACAAAACAGGUGAAGAUACCGGCGGUGUUCGUGAAAGGUAGGAUGAUAGGAAGCGUUGAGGAAGUGGUGAGGCUAGAGGAGGAGGGCAAAUUGGGAAUUUUACUCGAAUGUAUGCCCAAGGCGAGGCUCGGAGGCCGUUGCUGCCGUGGAUGCGGAGGGAUGAGAUUCGUGAUGUGUGCGGUCUGCAAUGGAAGCUGCAAGGUCAUGGAGGAGGAGAAGAAGAGUAUGGUUAAGUGUUUGGAGUGUAAUGAGAACGGUUUGGUUAUUUGUCCAUUUUGCUCUUAAAUUAAAAGUGACUUUUCCAUUUUCAUUUGACUUUGAUUGAAUUUGAUUGAAAUGGUUAAUACAUUUUGGUUUUGUAAUGGUUUGGUGAGAGAGUUUCUAAAGUUGGGAUUAGGGCUCUUAAGUGUGUACUACUUAGAACGAAUGGAU